AUGGUAUGUAAUGCUGGACCAAUUAUGGGUAUUAAUCGUUAUCUUGGUCGUCUUCUUGGAUUAUUUUUUAAUGAUGCAACUCAUUGUAAAAAAUUACAUAAAGCUUAUAAUGUUAUACAUCACAUGGAAUUCUAUCAGAAAAGUGGUCAUCUACUACCAACCACUCUAUUUGUUUCAUUUAAUAUUAAUGAUUUAUGUAUGAAUUUUUCACAUCAACAAGUUAUGGAUGCAUUAGAACAUUUCCUCCACUCUUACAUCUCAUCAGAUCAUUCUAUUCAAGGUAUGACAAUUAGUACAAUUCUUCAACUUGUUCGUCUCGUACUCGACGAACAAUAUUUUAUUUACAAUUAUACAUUAUAUCGGCAAACUGCUGGUCGUGCUUCUGGUUCAUCAUUAACUAAAGUCCCCGACACAUUAGAAGACCCGGGAUAUCGAGAUGAAGCAUUUAUUACACGGAACAGAUCUGAAGAUGAACUUGGUAUAUUACUUUCUAUGGCUAAUUCACAAUUUUCACAACCUAUAUGGAACAUAACUGAUAUUGGAUCAACCAUUUAUUUUCGUGAUAUUCUCAUAACUAACAAUAAUGGACUUCUUCGAACAAGUGUUUAUCAUGAAGAAACAUUCGAACGGAUUAUGUUACUAUCAUCAUUUCGGGAUAUUCUUCAACCUGCAAUCAAACAAGACACAUGA